UCCAGGGUUAAAAAAUCACCCAGGCGUUUGCAAUAAAUGUAAUUGUUUUUCUCCAUUACAGUUCGAUGGGUGUUCGAAGAGGUACUCCCGACUAGAGAACCUGAAGACGCACUUGCGUUCGCACACCGGGGAGAAGCCCUAUCAGUGCGAGGUGCCGGGCUGCAACAAGGCCUUCAGCAACGCAUCCGACCGCGCAAAACAUCAAAAUCGCACUCACAGCAACGAGAAACCCUACGUCUGCAAAGUCAUGGGUUGCUCCAAACGAUACACUGACCCUUCAUCUCUCAGGAAACACGUCAAAACUGUCCAUGGAGCUGAGGUUUACGCUAACAAAAAGCACAAAGGCGAGAGCUGGAGCAGUCGGUCUUGUGGGGCUGGUGGUGGGCUUGGAGCCUCUUUUCGCAACUCAAGUGGCGGCGGUGGAGCUCAAAGUUCUAGAGACGAUUCAAAGGGUCUAACGGAUGGAGGAGGAAGUGGAUUUCCCUUCUUUUUCCAAGGGGAUGGUAGUGGAAGUUCCAGACGAAGUGGGGGUGGUCCAGGGACUAGAGGGGGUCGUGGAGGGUCACGAGGACCGAAGGGUAAUGGUGGUGCGGCUUACAUCUCAGAAGGUACCAUCCCAGCUCGGCAUCAGCAUAAUCUCGGUGCCAGUGUCUAUCCACCAUAUCAACAAAACGGUCCCUAUCCUACUUCACAUCACUUUUCUCACGCUGAUGGAAUGAUGACUACCUCACUGAAACGAGAGAGUUUUUCAAGCUGGGCUCCUCACCAAUACCAUGGCUGGACGGGUAGUGGUGGUUGUGACUGGUCCUCAUCGAAUUCCCGUGGUGGUGGUGGUUCUUAUUCCUCAACUCGGGGGUGGGUCAGCCCUCGCCUUGGGUCUGUAGCAGCUUAUCGUGAUCCUCGAUACGCCGAUUCUUACGAGCCCCUUUUGAAUCAACCCGCGAACAUAGAGCAUUCUGCUGCUAGAUUUGUUGGGGGUGGAGUUCUGGGGAUAAGUCGAACUCGGUAUCAUCAGCCACAGCCGAUGCCACAACAGGGACAAUUCCAUUCACCAAUUUCCUCCAUUGUGGCCUCCACAAAUUCUUCAGUGAUAACAAAUUCCUGUCCCUCUUCUCUCCUUUCAUCUGAAACUGUGACUGCGUAUGUUAAUCAACAACAGCCACCGCCGUCCUUUAAGCCAGAAGGCGCAGCAGCAGCAGCAGCUCCUGUCUUUCCACACGGACUUUGUUCCCAAAAUCCCCUCAAACCCGAGUCUUCGGGUCUCUCCUAUCACUCAGCCAAACUUGACAGUCUAAUGGACAGCACUUCCGCGUGCAAAGAUGGAGCCUCCUCUGUUCUUUCAAACGAUCCCACUGACAGAUGGCCACGGCAGCAGCAGCAGCAGCAAUUGGGUGGGAGAGGUAGCGCGUCGUCGGGCGUGGGUUCGGGUCUAACGAGCAUGACACAGGACAGUGGGUAUCAGGAUAGUGACCUGCGAAUUAGGGGUAUCACAACCCCAACCACCCCCACAGCAGUCACCAAAGAUGACGGUAACACGCCAGCCGACUGGGACGACUCUUCUCAGCACCACCAGCCUUCGCAAUUGUUGCCCGAUCAGGUCACUCAAAUGAGCACAACCAGCUCGCAAGUGAGCAGUGGCCUCGGCUCCAUGGUGAGUUCAUCAGGAACCGGAGGGUCGAGUAACUGUGGUGGUGAAGCAAAUUCACAUCGAAGCUGUGUCUCUAGCAUGGAUACCACCACCACCACCGCUGCUGCAUCCAGCAAGAUGGCCUUCUGGGAGAGUCGAAAUGACACAGAAUCCAGUUGCCUCUUCCAGCUGUCUUCUAAUGCUCAAGCCACCGUCAGCGAACCAAGGGGCCCUGAUUUUAGCCAAUCACGCAGUGUAGGGCCUGCUUUUGAUCAAUCAAGCAGACUUUCCUACUCCGUUAAUAACUGGAGCACUAACCCAUCGGAGACUGCUUAUACUAGCCAGACUCCCUCUAGGGACUAUGCACAGUCUAGUAAUUGGUCUUCAACGGGACAUUCUACGGGCGUCUACUUCGCUUCAGGAUAUUCUGAUCAGCAAAUCCAAAGAAACACAAACUCCACUGAAUGGUCCCGAAGUGCCUAUUCCGGCCAGCCCUGCCUUUAUACCGACUAUUCUUACGGAGCGCAAACUCAGUCAAUGAAUUACCCUUUGUAUCCACCUGACAACCAGUCAACAGGAUAUCGUGGGGGCGGUAGCAUCUAUGCUGGUGGUUGGGGUGAGGUGAUGGUAACAGGUAGCGGGAGCAACGUGGUGACUCCGACAGCAUUUAACUCCUCCUCCUCCUCCUCCUCCUAUGCAGGACUCUUCUCCGAGGCCAUGAAUUCUCGAUUGGUGGUGCAGCAACAACAACAACCGAACUCAUCUUCCAUAUCGAAUUUGGAGGAGCUGCAGGCUUCCUCUCAGGGCAAUUUUGAUUUUGGCAUCAAUAGCAGCGUUGGUGUAAAUGUCACUAGUCCCCCUUAUGACCCCCUAAACAGUAACCUCAUUGUCUGUAGCAUGCCGCCACUGCUGCAAACAGAGAAUGCAUCUGGAAACUCCGGUCUGUAUCCGGCGGCGUUCAAUUAG